UUGGGUGGCAUUGCACCUAUCUUCCACCUUUUAGCGCGUCGGUUCCGUCCAGCCAGCUGUUGGUCCAGGUGGGUCUGUCUGCUAUCCACUAUGCCGCUGCCUGUUGCGCUGCAGACCCGCUUGGCCAAGAGAGGCAUCCUCAAACAUCUGGAGCCCGAACCAGAGGAAGAGAUCAUUGCUGAGGACUACGAUGAUGACCCUGUGGACUAUGAGGCCACCCGGUUGGAGGGCCUGCCACCAAGCUGGUACAAGGUGUUUGACCCUUCCUGCGGGCUCCCUUACUACUGGAACGUGGACACAGACCUCGUGUCCUGGCUCUCCCCACACGACCCCAACUCCGUCGUCACCAAAUCGGCCAAGAAGCUCAGGACCAGUAAUGCAGAUGCUGAGGAGAAGNNGGACCGGGGCCACGAGAAGUCGGACCGGGGCCACGAGAAGUCGGACCGGGGCCACGAGAAGUCGGACCGGGGCCACGAGAAGUCGGACCGGGGCCACGAGAAGUCGGACCGAGACCGAGAGCGUGGUUAUGACAAAGUGGACAGAGAGAGAGAGCGGGACAGGGAUCGGGACCGGGACCGGGGGUACGACAAGUCGGACCGGGAAGAGAGCAAGGAGCGGCGCCAUCACCGCCGGGAAGAGCUGGCCCCCUACCCCAAGAGCAAGAAGGUGGCGAGCCGGAAGGACGAAGAGUUAGACCCUAUGGACCCCAGCUCAUACUCGGAUGCACCCCGGGGCACAUGGUCAACAGGACUCCCCAAGCGGAAUGAGGCCAAGACGGGCGCAGACACCACAGCAGCAGGGCCCCUCUUCCAGCAGCGCCCCUACCCGUCCCCGGGGGCUGUGCUCCGGGCCAACGCCGAGGCCUCCCGAACCAAGCAACAAGACUGAGCCUUCCUGCCACGCCACCCCCACCGCCCCCGGGGGUUUUUAAUAAAAGCUUUUCGAUGGAUCGA